AUGAAUUCCUGGGGAUUCCCAGAACAUCUUUGCUACAUUUCUGAAAAUAGACCUUUAUUGCUCAGGGUGUGCUCAGUGCCUGGCUGUUUCCUGCAAGAUCUCUCAAAUCCAGCUUCCCACUACGUGAAGUAUUUCAAGAAGAACAAAGAGGAGCUGGCACAGAAGCUCUACUGUCUGUACAACAGCACCAUCUUUGAGCAGAAGUUACCAGAGAAGAUGGCAAUAAUCUGGAAUAAGAAAAUGAGAAAAACAGCAGGAUAUUGUGUGACUGGGCAGACAGCAGGUCCUGAAGCAAAGCGUUAUGCUCGCAUAGAACUUUCUGAGAAGGUCUGUGACUCUGCAGAUCGUCUUCGAGACACGCUGAUCCACGAGGCUUGCCAUGCAGCCACCUGGCUGAUCCACGGUGUUCGUGAUGGACACGGACAGUUCUGGAGGUUCUAUGCCAAUAAAUCAGCUGUGAUUCACCCAGAGCUGCCAGUGGUAACACGGUGCCACAGCUAUGAGAUUAAUUACAAAUUCACCUACACAUGUGUUCUCUGCAAAGCCAGGAUUGGGCGCCAUUCCAAGUCUCUGGACACGGAACGCUUCGUGUGUGCAUUCUGUGGGGGGCAGCUGGUCCUGAGCCAACCUGCUAGGAAGGAUGGCACUCCUGCUAGGACACACCUCACCCCCUUUGCAAAGUAUGUGAAAGAGAACUAUGGCCUUGCUAAAAGGGAGCAGCAGGGGCUGGGCCACGCAGACGUGAUGCGGAAGCUCAGCGCUGAUUUUGCUUUAAAAACGAGGCUUCAAGACUCCCUCUAACAGCUCAGUACAUCUCCUUGAUGCCACUUACCUUUUGUGUGUAGCAGUAAAUGAGCCUAAUCCGAGUGUGUUUCAGAGAAUUCCAGAUAAUGUUAAUAUUUUAGCAUUAAAGGCUUCUAAUAAAGAAGACCUUAAGGCCCUUUCUAAAAAGGGCAAGUGUGAGUACUUGAAUUUUUGACUGCAGCUCUGCCUCUAUCUCUGAGAUUGCAGAGAAGCUAAAACACAGGCUGAAGAUCAGGCUGGGGAAAGCAAACACUUUCCACCAUGGAACAAGAAUGUGACUGAAGUCUUUCAUGUAGAACAUGACUGAGUAUGUGUGACAGUGUUUCUGUCUGCUGGGAACAAAUUGCUUAGAGGAUUAGUAAUUUUGAAUAAUCAAUAAAUGUUGAUUUCAUACCA